UACUUUAAACAAAUGUUUGGCUUUUUAUGCCUUAAUCUAACAGAGGGGUACGUGUUAUCGGCUUUACCUUUCACUUGUGAUUGCCCACCCCACGGGGAGGCUCUUCACAAAGGAAAUGUAAUGUGACCCGUUACAUCACAUUUCAAAAUGGUGGCUACUGUUUUGGUUUCUAAUGUAGCGGUUUGGUUAUCUAUCUUUUGGGCUAUUGGCAUAGACUGUAAACACGACCAUCCUGUUCCAACUUAUUUCGGCAAACUACAUCCAAAUGGAACCAUCGUCGACGCUCGAAACCCGGCAAAUAAGCUCAGGUUCUCUUUUCCACCGAAACCGAUUACAACUCAAGAUUCUGGUGCUGUUUUGAAAGUGUCACCUUCAUCAGAGAUAAAAAAUGGCGCGGAGGUGAACGUCAUGUGGCAUGGAGUUACUUUUCCAAAUAAAGAAGAUGUCGUUGUUCUAUAUUGUCCACCAGAUGCCGAACCUGAACGAUAUUUAGACUAUGUCAAUGUCAGUACUAUAGCGACUUACCCCAAAGGUUAUGGCGAGUUUGCAGUUCGGCUUUGGAACGUAAGGAAGGACUGUGUAUUCAGAUACUUCAGGAUUGGUAAUUACUCGAUGCUUGCGGUGGAAAGCAAUAUUGUGACUUUCGAAGGAGGAGCAGAGAUGCCAUUACAGGGCCAUCUAGCACUCACAGGCAACCCCACAGAAAUGAGAGUUAUGUGGGUGUCUGGCUUCAUGGAAACUUCUUUUGUAAAAUACGGGACUGACCCAUCAGCUAUGUCUGAAGUGAUCAUGGGGAAUAUCAGUAAAACCUACACUGCUGCUGACAUGUGCAAUGCACCUGCCAAUGAUGUCAAUAACUUUGUUGAUCCUGGCUAUAUUCAUGAUGUUCUGCUGACUAAUCUCACACCAGGAACAAGAUAUUACUACUCUUAUGGUUCAAAGAAGAUGAUGAGUCCCAUUCAGCAUUUCUAUACAGCUCCUCCUGUUGGCUCUGCAAAUAGGUUUACUGCCCUGGUUUAUGGAGACAUGGGAGUAUCCCCAAUACCUCGUGCAUACAAGACAGCAGAUUAUGCAACUGAGGAGGCUAACAAUGGAACUGCAGCUUUUGUAAUUCACAAUGGCGAUAUAUCUUAUGCUCGAGGGCAUGCCUACAUUUGGGAACAGUGGCAUGCAAUUAUUGAGCCCUAUGCCACCAUACUGCCAUAUAUGGUGGGUAUUGGGAACCAUGAGCAGGAUCACGUGAAGGGAGGAUCCAAGGACCCCAGUGGAGCUCCUGGAGAAGGCUUUCAUCCUUGGUGGUCAGGGGGAUGGGGCCAUGAUUCAUUUGGUGAAUGUGGUGUUCCAAUGUAUUACCGUUUCCACAUGCCUGACAAUGGAAAUGCAGUGUGGUGGUACAGCUUUGAUUAUGGCAGUAUCCACUUCACAAUGAUGAGCACAGAACACAACUUUACACAAGGAUCUCGUCAGUACAAAUGGAUCGAACAAGACUUAAAGAAUGUCAACCGCUCUCUCACCCCUUGGGUAGCAAUUGUAGGCCACAGAGCUAUGUACUCAAGUCAGAAGGAGGAAGUGGAUUACAUCGUCUCCCUUGGCAUGCAGCACGCAUUAGAUUCUCUGUUGUAUAAGUACAAAGUUGAUCUGGCCUUCUGGGCUCAUUAUCACAGCUAUGAGCGCACAUGUCCUGUCUACCAGCGUCAGUGUACCCCAGGAGCACCUGUGCACAUCGUCGUGGGGACAGCAGGGAAAGAGUUGGAUACAGAAGAUUAUUUUCCUGCGAGCUGGUCGCUGUAUCACGAAAGGGACUAUGGAUAUGGCCGGCUGACUCAAGCUAAUCGGUCUGCGCUGCUGUGGGAAUGGGUUCAGAAUACAAGCGGAAAGGUCAAAGAUCAAGUGUGGUUGACGAAGUGAUAAUCAUUUUUUAUGUGUGCUAACCCUCGUUUGGUAUAAAAUAGACAAUGCAGACUUAAAAAUGAGUUUUUAAAACUUAAUUAUCAUAAUCUCAUUUUCACUUUAAUAGCACUGUAUAGACUUAAAUAUGUUUACCGGUAAUGCUGUCUUUUGUGGAUUGAUUAAUGGAGAAAGGCGAGAUUUCUCCUGAAUUAGCAACUGAUAAUCUACUAUAAGACAGAGGGCCAAAUUUCGAGCAUAAGUGGAAUAAUCAUAACCCAGAGUAAACUGAUUUAUCUGAUGCAAUAUCCAGAACACACAGAGGUUGGUUAUCAGAGACAUUCGAAGUUACCGACAUUGUAAGCGAGAGGUUGUUCCUCAGACGGCCCCAGCUAGUUGAGGUUACGAGGACUGAACACGAAAAAUAACGUUUGUUACCAGUACAGUAUAACUCUCUCUCGUAGAAGUGAGUAAGAUACUAACCCUUUGAUAUGUGACGCAGUUGAGUGAAUGUUAUUAAAUUUUUUUCGAUUGAUUUUUUCAUUUAA